AUGACAACUGUCGCUUUAAAGGACGUUUACCUGUCAGUCCCCGUACACGAAACAUCACAGAAGUUCCUAAUGUUUUCAUGGAAGGACGUUUGUUACGCCUUUCAGUCAGAGAGCCUUCCAUUUGGUCUAAAUACCGCUCCAAGGGUCUUUACAAAACUCUUAAAGCCAGUUGCGUCAUUCCUUCGGAAAAGAGGAAUUCGUAUGCUGCUUUACCUCAACGACUUUCUCCUCAUAGCCCCGAACAGAGAAGAAUCGAGCAACAAUUCUGCUAUGGCAGUCAUUCUCCUAGAACAAUUAGGCUUCACAGUAAACAGGGAAAAGUCAACCCUGCUACCCACUCAAUCAGUACUUUUUCUGGGCUUUAUAAUAAACACUCAAUCCCUCACUCUAAGUCUCCCAGAGGACAAACUCCAAGUGAUUGUAGAUCGUUGUCAAAAUAUUCUGAAACAGCCUUUGGUGACGGGUCAGGAAAUAGCCAGAAUCAUAGGCACUCUAGAAGCAGCACGUCCUGCGAUUCACCAAGCACCACUCCAUUUCAGACACCUACAAAUUCAAUUGAUAAACCAUCUGCAAGUGAACGAUCAYGACUACAGCGCAUUAAUGACUCUGAACCACAACUCUCGAAUGGACCUGAAAUGGUGGAUCUCAAACAUCAGAAACGUAAAUGGCAGUCCAAUCAACGCCCCUACACCAGACCUUACAAUAACAACCGACGCAUCUAUGAAAGGGUGGGGCGCGGUCUGCAAUGGUAUCACUACAAACGGACUCUGGUCUGCGCAAGAAAAACUCUUGCAMAUAAACUAUCUAGAGCUAAAAGGGGCUUUCCUCGCUCUAAAGACCUUCAUGAAAAACCAAACCGGAAAGGUGGUUUGCAUACGAAUGGACAAUUCAACUUCUGUUGCUCACAUCAACAACAAAGGGGGAACUCGCUCCCCAAAACUAAUCAGCCUGACACUGGAAAUCUGGCAAUGUUGCAUCAAACGAGACAUAUUGAUAACAGCUCAGCACCUCCCAGGAMAGUUAAACACAACAGCAGACAGGGAGUCGAGAGAGUUUUACGACACAAGCGAAUGGCAGUUAAACCCAUCUAUCAUUCAACCAAUGAUCAGAGACUGMGACACAGAUCUCUUCGCCUCCCGUCUAACACAUCAACUCCCUCGGUWCAUAAGUUGGCGUCCGGAUCCAGAGGCAAUAAUCACAGACGCCAUGAYCAUAGAUUGGGGUCCAAUACGGGGAUACGCUUUUCCCCCGUUUGCAAUGAUAGGAGCAGUACUUUACAAGACAAAGAUAAACAAAGCAGACCUCACUCUCGUAGCGCCCGUUUGGCAAGCACAGCCGUGGUGGCCAGUCCUCCUUCGCAUGCUUGUGAAGGAACCARUAUUACUUCCCAACUCGAAACAUCUUCUCAAGGACCCAUCGAAUCCGGACAGGAUUCAUCCAAUGUUUCCCAGACUACAUCUGGGCGUGUUUCACAUAUCAGGAAACUACAUGAAACAGAAGGCAUUCCGCCAAACGUUACCACGAUACUUUUGUCAGCCCUCGAUCCUCCACACAUAA